AUCCACACAGGUCAGCCAGCUGUUAUUGCUGAAAAGAGCAACAUUUUAAGAUUUCUUUCGAAAAUGAGCAAUACAUAUUUAAUUUUUAAUCGAAAUCAUCUAUCUGUAUUCAAAUUAAGACGCAAAUGAUUCUGAAUUAUUGACAUUUGCUUAUUUAGUAUAUUUUAAGUCGACUAAUGUUAUCAGUGCAAUAAAUUAUGAACUAAGUAAAUAUCAAUACGUUAUGUAUGACUAUUACGAAUUUGAAGAUCGUAAAAUGAAAGGUCUUCGUGAUUGGCGUAAAGCACUUAGAACUCCUGCCACAUAUAGAGUUGGCAAUGCAGUGAGACUGCAACCACAUUUUGUGUUUCUAAUCAUUGUCAUUGGUGUUUUUCUUUUAAUAUUAUUUUAUUAUAACUGGUGUAUCAGUGACUCAGCUUCUUCGGUACACCAGUGGACUAGAAGUUCGUGGCCAUAUAAUGCUACAUAUCCUUUAACAGCACCAUUUCAAUCAGGAAAUGUGAUAACCUACAAAAUUGGUAUUGUAGCAGAUUUAGACACUAAUUCUAAAAGCCAUACAAAGCCAAAUACAUUUAAUAGCUAUCUAAAGAGAGGUUUUCUAAGUUAUGAUGAAGCUAAGCAAUAUGUUACUGUGACUUGGGACAAACAGCCAACAACAAUACUAUCUUCAACUUAUGCACAGAAAGGACGAGGAAUGGAACUGUCUGAACUAAUUGUCUAUAAUGGCAGAUUACUUACUUUUGAUGAUCGCUCUGGCAUGGUUUUUGAAAUAAUAAACAAUAAAAUGGUGCCAUGGGUUAUAUUAUCAGAUGGUAAUGGCCAUAAUGAGAAAGGAUUCAAGUCUGAGUGGGCAACAAUUAAAGACCAGAUAUUAUAUGUCGGGUCAAUGGGAAAAGAAUGGACAACUGCCGGUGGAGAGUUUGAGAGCUACGACCCUAUGUGGGUGAAAGCUAUAAACAUGUUUGGAGAGGUGCAACAUCAAAAUUGGGUACACCAAUUUAAAGCAAUCAGACAAUCGAUCGGAAUUCAAUGGCCAGGCUAUAUGAUUCAUGAGUCUGGAGUAUGGUCGAGUAUAAAUGAAAAAUGGUAUUUCUUACCGAGGAGAUGCAGUCAUGAAUCUUACAAUGAAACAAGGGAUGAAGUUAUGGGAUGCAAUUAUUUGAUUUCUGCUGAUAGUAAUUUUAAUCAUGUGAAAGCCAAGGAGAUAGUAAAACAUCAACCAAAGCUUGGGUUCUCUACGUUCAAGUUCAUUCCUGGUUCAAAAGAUAAAGCCAUUGUCGCUUUAAAAACAACAGAAUACGAAGGUAAAACUGCCACAUACAUCACCGCAUUCACAACAGACGGAGCUGUUCUACUUCAAGACACACUUGUCGAUGAACAUAAAUACGAAGGCAUUGAAUUUAUAUGAAGGCAACAUUCCAUUGAAAACGCUGAUUUUUUUUAAUAAUUGCCAUAUAAGGAAAAAAAAACUACUUAAACCAAGCUAAACUCAAUUAACUUCAAAGAAGAUUGUCAUAAUUUAGUUUUUUUAUACAUAAUAUGCAGUGGCAUUUAAGCACAAGCGUUAGUCAAAUUUUAUAUAGCAAAUAUGUA